ACUCAAGCACUUCGUCACCUUUUUCGGGCAUAGGGGUUUAAUGACUUGAAGGUUUUGAACAUUUUAAUUAGACCUCAAAAGCCAUUCAAACAAUAUUUGAAUUGUCUGGACAUAUCGAAAUACUACAGGACUUGAGUCACUGAGGUUUUACCUCUUCGUUAGCAGUGCAUCAUGCAGCUCGACUAGUAACUAAUCUGUAAUCUACUCAUCAGACGCAACACCCAAUCAGCUGACUAAAUUGAAAACUGUUUCUUGCUAAUAUGAUUUAGCCUUCUUUUAUCCCCGUCUUCAUCGCCUUACUGAGCCACUGGAAUUCUCAUCUGCGAUUGGUUAAAACAAGCAGAAGAAUACGUGAUCUUCAAUUCUAUUGGAUGAAUACACUGUCAAUUUGUCCGCAAAGUUGCAGCGUUGAACUGUGAGAAAAUAGCAGAGCCGAGGAGGACCGGUGGACAGGGACAAACAGGAAGGGGAUAGCGGCCGGCAAGUCCUUUCUGACACCUGCACCUGAAACCACAUUGUUCGUUGAAUCGCAUUUAUGUGAUACGAAAGUAUACUCAUAUUAAGAUCUGAUAAUAUUUAAUUUUAAAACAAAUAUGGCACAGCCUGAUCAUAAGAAAUUCUUCGAGAAUCUCUCUGGCGCGGGGAAAGCCAUCGCCGUGCUGACGAGUGGAGGGGAUGCUCAAGGUAUGAAUGCCGCUGUCCGUGCUGUAGUUCGCAUGGGAAUCUAUGUGGGAGCCAAAGUCUACUUCAUUCAUGAGGGCUACCAAGGAAUGGUAGAUGGAGGGGAUAACAUCGAGGAAGCCACAUGGGAGAGUGUCUCAAGCAUGCUACAAGUGGGAGGGACGGUCAUAGGCAGUGCACGCUGCAAGGAGUUCCGGACCCACGAGGGCCGUCUGAAGGCCGCCCGCAACCUGGUUCAGCGGGGCGUCACCAACCUGUGCGUGAUCGGAGGAGACGGGAGCCUGACGGGGGCCAACCUCUUCAGGGAGGAGUGGAGUGGUCUCCUGGAGGAGCUGGUUCAGCAGGGUGACAUCGAUGCAGAGGCUGCAGAGAAGUACUACGCCCUGCACAUCGUCGGAAUGGUGGGCUCCAUCGACAAUGACUUCUGUGGCACCGACAUGACAAUCGGGACUGAUUCCGCUCUGCACAGAAUUAUCGAAGUUGUGGAUGCAAUCAUGACCACUGCGCAGAGCCACCAGAGGACUUUUGUAUUGGAGGUCAUGGGCCGGCACUGCGGGUACCUGGCCCUUGUGAGUGCUCUGGCCUGUGGAGCUGACUGGGUUUUGAUACCAGAAAUGCCCCCUGAGGAUGGCUGGGAGGACCAGAUGUGUCAGAAGCUCUCUGAGAAUCGUGCAGACAACAAAAGGCUGAAUAUCAUUAUCGUAGCAGAAGGGGCAAUUGAUAAUAACAACAAGCCCAUUACCACAGAGAAAAUUAAGGAUCUGGUUGUCCAGUGCCUGGGAUUUGACACCCGAGUGACAAUCCUAGGACAUGUCCAAAGAGGUGGGACCCCCUCUGCUUUUGACAGAAUUCUGGCGAGUAGGAUGGGUGUGGAAGCUGUGCUUGCCCUACUGGAAACCACAGCGAAUACCCCGGCCUGUGUGGUGUCUCUGUCCGGAAACCAGUCAGUCCGCCUGCCGCUCAUGGAGUGUGUACAGAUGACUCAAGAGGUGCAGAAGGCCAUGGAUGAAAAGAAGUUUGAGGAAGCGGUUAAGCUUCGUGGCAGGAGUUUUGAAAACAAUCUGAGAACGUACAAACUCUUGGCCCAUCGGAAGACAGAGUCUGAGCUUCCCCACAGCUCCUUCAACGUGGCGGUGCUGAACGUGGGCGCCCCUGCAGCGGGCAUGAAUGCGGCGGUGCGCUCCGCCGUCAGGGUGGGCAUCUCUGAGGGCCACACGAUGUUCGCCGUCAACGACGGCUUUGAAGGCUUCUACAAUGGCCAGAUAAAGGAGAUCAAAUGGGGAGAUGUUGGUGGCUGGACUGGCCAAGGUGGAUCACUGUUAGGAACAAAACGAACACUUCCUGCAAAGCACAUUGAGAAAAUAGCUGAGCAAAUGCGAAAGCACAACAUUAAUGCAUUACUCAUUAUUGGAGGAUUUGAGGCCUACCUGGGACUGAUGGACUUGUUAACAGCCCGUGGGAAAUAUGACGAGUUCUGUGUCCCCAUGGUCAUGGUACCGGCCACUGUCUCCAACAAUGUACCGGGUUCAGAUUUCAGCAUCGGUGCAGACACAGCCCUCAAUGCUAUCACUAAUGCAUUUGAGUGUCUGCUCCAGCUUUGUGAGGCACGGCCCAGCUUUGAGGAGUUUUGCAUCCCGCUCUGUAUGCUGCCUGCUACAAUUAGUAACAAUGUGCCGGGCACUGAUCUGAGUAUCGGAGCCGACACUGCUCUCAAUGCCAUUGUGGAGACGUGCGACCGCAUCAAGCAGUCAGCUAGCGGAACCAAGCGGCGCGUCUUCAUCAUUGAGACCAUGGGGGGGUACUGCGGAUAUCUGGCCAGCGUCGGAGGGCUGGCCUCUGGGGCUGACGCAGCCUACAUCUAUGAGGAACCGUUCGACAUCCGAGACCUGCAGGCCAACGUGGAGCACUUGACAGAGAAGAUGAAAACGAGCAUCCAGAGGGGUUUAGUCCUCAGGAAUGAGAACAGCAAUGAAAACUACACAACCGAUUUCAUCUAUCAGCUGUACACAGAGGAAGGGAAGGGUGUGUUCGACUGCAGGAAGAAUGUGCUUGGGCACAUGCAGCAGGGAGGUGCACCAUCCCCAUUUGACCGAAAUUUUGGGACGAAGAUAUCGGCUAAAGCCAUGCAGUGGAUCUCUAAGAAGCUUAAGGAGACAUAUAGACAAGGGAGAGUGUUUGCUAACACUGAGGACUCCUGCUGCCUGCUGGGAAUGCGCCGGCGCGCCCUCAUCUUUCAGCCCGUGAUGCAGCUGAAGGACGAGACUGACUUUGUCCACAGAAUUCCCAAGGAACAGUGGUGGCUGAAGCUACGCCCACUGAUGAAGAUCCUGGCCAAGUACAAGACCAGCUACGACGUGUCCGACUCGGGUCAGCUGGAGCACGUGGUGCGCAACAGGCCAAAGGAGUCCGACGCCUCCGCAAUCUGAGAUAACAGGCCCGCGGGGUGUACGCAGCGUAGAUGGGUUGUCUGCAAGAGUUCUAGCAACAGCUUUGUCCUUUUUGUGUUCCACCACUUUGUGUCGCGGCGUCAAGUCAUCUCACCCUUGUUAGAUAAAACACCUGUAGUACCGCUGCAGUGCUGCUGAGAUGUUUCAGUGCAGAGGACAGCCCGCUGUGUUUCAAUCACUCACCACCGUGUAACCGCACUUUUCUCCAAACCGCACUUUUCUCCGUAGAGUAGACGACUAGAUCCGGUGUUCAACGUGUGCGUCCGAGACUACUGCAAUACAAUCUCGUCGAGUAGAUGUUUUGAGUUUUAUAAUGUAAACAUAACAUGAACCUAAAUAUAUAUGUAUGUUUUCCCCAGAGAUAUGCUUAUAUUGACAUUAGUUUGAAAGGCGAACUCGGUCUUAAAGAUCAGUCACUGAAAUUAGAUGAGACAAUAAAAUGUUUUCCUUAAAAAGGAUUAGGUCUUUUAAGUGUAGUUUUCCUUUUCAUUUAAUGUGUCCCAAAUGUACGUUAGUAAAAAUGUGCUAUUGGGCAUAAUGGUUCACAAGUCCACGGUUGAGAUCAAACCAUAGAUGUUGGAUCAUGGUUCAAGUCCACGGUUCAGUGUGUAACUGGGUGGGUGUACCGGUUCACAAGUCCACGGUUCAGUCUGUAACUCGGUGUAAUGGUUCACAAGUCCAUGGUUCAGAUCAAGCCAUAGAUGUUGGGUCAUGGUUCAGUUCAAUCUGCAGGUCAAGUUUCAUGAACAAACAUAAUAAACAAAACAAGAUUACAUUAUUUACUUAACUCACCAAACCCAGAAGCUGAACGGUUUGAAAAUCUGAAGACAACAUAUAAAGUGAACCCUAUGUAUUCCCCCAAAUGCUCAAAUCCAUAUGGUUAAAUUAAUGUGAACCGUUAUGCCUCCAGUCAAGUGGUGUACAUACACAUACAUGUGCACAUGCUGCAAUAAUGUACAAUAGCAAGAAAGAAACAAAGCACCAGAAGUUACAUUCCAGCAACACAAAGAAAAUUUAAUGGGAUUAUAUAAAUUAAAAUAGCAUUUAGAUAUGCUGUUAGGACAUUUUACAUAAUUUAACAAAUAGAAGUGAAUAAUGCUCUGUACAUGGGAGUCUUGCUUGGAGCUUGAAGGUUGUCAAAGAUUCAGCACACGUGUUUUUGUGCAGAUUAACAUGUUUUUGUUAUGGAAAAUAGUGAUUUAUUUAAGAAUGUUAUUAAAUAUCUUUAUUUCAACAGUCAAA